AUGCAAAAGAUUGAAGAAAAAACGGAUGGUGUAAAGGAAGAGGAAUUGUCUGAGGAAGAAAUCAAAUCAAUUCAAACAGCAAGAGUUGUACAUCAUGCAAAGGCUCUAGCAGGACCAAACCUAAUAAAACAUGCUGGUGGAGUUGCCAGAGUAUCACGUUUGUCAUCAUUAUCGACGUCAGAAUUAGGAAAUACUAUUGUUUUGAAAAUGAGAGCCCGAUCACAACCGUAA